AUGGAGAACCCCAACAUCUCCCAACUCGGGACGGCGGACCCUGAGAGACAAUCCCUCGAUGCCACGAGGAAGGAAAAGCUCAGCGUCGACCACAUGGAGGUCACCGCGGACGAGCAGCUCGGCCACCUGGCCAACCAGGAAGAUCACGAGUUGGGCGUGUGGCUGUCUCUGAAAAGAUACCCGUGGUCGUGCGCCUGGUGCGUCUACGCUUGUUGGACCAUCAUCCUGGCGGCCUUCGAGGUCCAGGCGGGAGGGUCUGUGCUGGGGAUCCCCGAGUUCCGCAAGGACUUCGGCUCGUCCUUCGACGGCAACUACGUCCUGCCUGCCGAGUGGCAGUCGGCCUUCAACGCCGCCCCCGUGGCAUCAGCCAUCGUCGGCGUGCUGGGCGGCGCCGCCAUCGCCGACAUCAUUGGCCGUAAGUUUACCCUGAUCGGCGGGUUGGCCAUCAGCUUCGCGGCCAUCAGCAUCGAGUUUGCUGCGACGACGAAUCCGGUCUUCUUCGGUGGAAAGUUCUUGAACGGCUUUGCGGUCGGCGCUAUUCAGGGCGUCAUGACCACUUAUGUCGGAGAGAUUACACCACAUGCCUGGAGAGGCAUUUUCACAGUCGGCAUCGGCGUCGCUUUUGGUAUUGGCCCCCUCUUGGCCUUUAUCAUUGUCAAUUACACCGGCGACGUCGAUACUCGUUGGGCCUACCGGGUGGUGUUCUGCUGCCAAUACGGUUUCGCCGGUGUCUCCGCGAUCCUGUCUCCUUUCAUGCCCGAAUCUCCCUGGUGGCUAGCUUCAAAAGGAAAACCCGAAAAGGCGCUUAAGAGUCUCGCCAUGCUGGGCCAGAAAGGCGAGGAGGGCAAAAAGAGGCUGGCGCUGAUCCAGCUGACACUCGAAGAGAUCCGGCAGGAGACCGAGGGCGUCACUUACCUGGAAUGCUUCCGGCGGUCCAACCUCCGACGCACCAUCAUCAGCAUCGGACCCCUGAUCAUCCAGGUGCUGACGGGCAUCACCUUCGUCGCGGGAUACUUCACCUACUACCUCCAGCUGGCGGGCUACUCGGCCAAGGAGAGCUUCCGGAUCCAGAUCGCGCAGCCGGUGCUGUCGAUCGUGGGCAACCUCAUGGCGGCGUACCUGAUCGACCGGGUCGGACGACGCAACCUGACCUUCUACGGACUGGCGAUCUUGGUGGUACUGCUGUUCAUCGAGGGCGGGCUGGCCACGGGCGGCAGCCCAGGCGAGAUCAAGGGCACGGUGGCCAUAAUCCUGAUCUACAGCUGGAUGUACAACGUGUCGAUCGGGUCGACGGCCUUCUCGAUCAUGACGGAGACGGCCACGGCGCGGCUGCGCGUCAAGACCAUCGCCAUCGGCCUGGCCCUGCAGAACUCGGUCAACGUCAUGUGGCAGUUCGUGCUGCCCUACAUGUUCAACCCGGACAAGGGCAACCUCGGCGGGAAAGUCGCCUUCGUCUUCGGCGGGCCCAGCUUCCUCUGCCUCUGCUAUUUGUGGUUCUUCCAGCCCGAGACCAGUGGCCGCACCUACGAGGAGAUCGAUGAGAUGUUUGCCAAGCGCGUCCCCGCCCGGCAGUUCAAGUCGUACAAGACGGACGCCCAGGCGAAGGGUGAGGUGGUCAAGGACACCGUGGAGCUGCAAAAGCCCGUUGAUGCUUGA